AUGCGUCGCGCUGCUGUCCAGGCCUUCCGUACUGCCCGUCGUGCUCCAGUAUGGAAGGUCGGCGGUAGGAGAGCAAACUGCGCCUACUUUUCCAGCGGCCACGCGCUCGGGCUGCGGCCUUCUUCGACCGGAAGAAACGCUGCCUUCAUUCCUGCCUCUCUACAGUCCUCCAUGCACGUUCGGAAUUUCUCUCUGGCUUUUAUCUCGACACUUGUGGCCUCAGGGGCUUGGUAUGCAUACAAAGGAAGUACUGCUCAGCCGUCAGCCGCGUUAGGCCUCAACGCGACGUCAGUGUCAACCGGCGCCUUCCAGUCGCGAGGGAUAGCUGACUCCUCCUCUAGUGCCGAGUCUCCCGUGGAUACUACCGGAGAGGAUUCAGGACAGCUGGCCCGUCGCGCUCUGCUGGUCGAAAAUGAUCAAUUCUAUACCGCAUCUCUGUCCGGUGAUCAGCCUCUUGCGAAGCAGACGGAUGAUUCAGACAGAGGAGUUCUCGAAAUGUUGACGCCAGAGCAAGCGACUCAAAAGCUCCGGAGGAAUGAGGAAUCAUAUCUGGUUAACCGUGGCCAAGGCGUUGUGCGAUAUGACAUCGUCCAGGUUCCGAGCAAUUCACCCAUCGAGGAUGACCAUGCGGAAAAGAUAGUCGAGGUCCCGCAAUCUGUGGCAGCCACGCAAGAUGGGUCGCCCAAUAGUGACUGGAUGUUCUGGGGCGUUUUUGACGGGCACUCUGGGUGGACCACGUCCGCCAAGUUGCGCAACGUCCUCAUCUCUUAUGUGGCUCGAGAAUUGAAUGACACGUAUAAGGCUGCUGCUGCGGAUCCCGCUGUUCUUACCCCAUCUCCGGAAGCAAUUGACGCCGCUAUCAAGCGCGGCUUUGUUCGUCUCGAUAACGAUAUUGUCUACGACAGCGUGGAUAAGGUCAUGAAAGCCAAUUCCAGACGUGUUGCUGCUGAGCUUCUAGCUCCUGCCUUGUCGGGAUCAUGUGCUCUUUUGGCUUUCUACGACUCCAGAUCGAAAGAUCUGCGAGUAGCCUGCACAGGUGACUCUCGAGCGGUCCUAGGACGUCGGGGACCAAACGGCAAGUGGACUGCGACAGCGCUGUCGGAAGAUCAGACCGGUGGGACUCCAUCUGAGGUCAAACGACUUCAGGAAGAGCAUCCUGGAGAACCCUAUGUCGUCCGAAACGGAAGGAUCUUGGGUCAACUCGAACCUAGUCGUUCGUUUGGAGAUGCAUUCUACAAAUGGACCAAGGAAACGCAGGAAAAGAUCAAAAGUCGAUUCUUCGGACGGACUCCGCACCAGUUCCUCAAGACACCACCUUAUGUGACAGCGGAACCUGUCAUAACAACCACCAAGAUAGAUCCGGAGAGAGGAGAUUUCCUCGUCCUAGCCACGGACGGGUUGUGGGAAAUGCUGAGCAAUGAAGAAGUGAUUGGACUUGUCGGUCAAUGGAUCGAACAUCAGCGUUCCGGUAACGUAGAUGGGACGAACAAGGCGUGGUUACAGAGCUGGUUUAGAUCGGAUGCCAAACAGCUUCCGGUCGAAAAGUCGACGGAGAGCAAGACAGAAGGCCAGCGACCUCCGAUUCGCCAGCAACAAUACGAUAUUCCUGGAGCUGCCCAGCGAUUCGUGGUCGAAGACAAGAACGCUGCCACUCACCUCGUCCGGAAUGCGAUGGGUGGAAAGGACAAGGACAUGGUCUGUGCUCUGCUGACUCUGCCCAGUCCCUACUCGAGAAGAUAUCGGGAUGAUAUCACUGUCGAGGUGAUCUUCUUCGGCGCAGGCACCGACGAUCGCAGCGUAACAGUCAACGAGGAAGCGAGUGCUUCGAGGGAGAACCCGAAACCGAAGCUGUAA